CUACUUCCCAUCGGAAGUACUCGGUCUUACUUUUUUAAAGUACAGUUUGGUGAGUGUUGACACGGUUACUAUUAAAAUAUGAGCCAGACUCCAAGGCAAAAAGUCUGCAGGUAGACUCUUGUAAACAUAGCAACAGGGACGAGCUGCAAACCAGGUCUGGAGUAGAGUACAUAAAACCUCGAAAAUACCCUCCUGAGUUUCUUCUUGGAUUAAUUUCUUUAACAUUUUUGAACCUUUUCAAGGAAACAUGCAUAUGUGGCAAUAACAGUUUUCUAUUUUAUUGUGCUGAGAAGAACUUUUCUAUAAUAUUUUAUGGACUUGACCAGAGUAUAACUGCAAGCAGAAGAACCAACAGUAGUUUGACUGCCAGCUGAGCAAAGAAAUUGUUGCUAUCAGAAAUGCCAGUCCCCCCUUUUGGUGGCAAUCGAAUAAGCAGAUAUUCCAAUGGGAGCACAUUGUAAAGCCAAAACAUGUUUAUGGAUUGGUAAUUAAAGCAACUUCACAUCCAGUACUUUGACAGCUGCAGUUUUAACUGCAGUAUUAAGCUUGCUUGUCUUUUUCCUUGAAUUUUUUUAAACAACGAUUGUCUUUAGUGUCCUUUGUUAUGUCGGAGGAAUUCUAAGUGGAAAAUGGGCUUCUUUGUGAUCCUUUCUCAAACUGGUGGGUGCUUGCAAGUCGUCUUCUGGAAGGAAAACUGUUUUCACUGCAUGUUAUCUUUGCUCCUUUGUAUCAGAUGCUUUUAAAAUUUUAGAGAUUCUUCUCUUAGACACACCCCAUUAUAGUGAAAAUGUGUCUGCUCUUAGAGUUUACCAUUCAUUCAUAGCGGUCAUCGUUUUGGUUGUUUGAUACAUACUGAAACAAUAUGAGUAAGUAGUCAUUGUCAUAGUUGCCGAUACCAACCUUCUUGUUUGUGAGUGGUAGUAAUGCAAUGGCUGCAGAUCAACUCCGUUCAAGUGUUCAUACACAACUACCUGAAGAAGAGGAUGAUGUUUUUCCUCAGGAGGUGGAUAGCAUCUUUACAGAUUUGUACACAGAGGAAAGCAAUUACUGCUUCUGUGGCCAGCAGCUGCGAAUCACUCAAAGUUAUGGGGCAAGCCUUGGUGUAGCAGCUUCUGUGUGGGAAGCUGCCCUAAACCUUUGUUCUUAUUUUGAAAGGCAGAAGAUGAGUUUCAUUGGGAAGAAAGUUAUUGAGCUUGGAGCAGGCACAGGCAUAGUGGGAAUCCUAGCUGUGUUGCUUGGUGGAGAGGUAACCAUUACAGAUCUCCCUCAUACCUUGAAGCAGAUACAAGGCAAUGUACUGGCCAAUGUCCCAUCAACAUGCUGUACCCGUGCAAAGGUAUGCAGACUGUCCUGGGGUUAUGAUCAAGAAGACUUUCCCUGUGAUUAUGACUUCAUUUUGGGAGCAGACAUUGUUUACCUUGUAGAGACAUACGCGUUGCUAAUUCAGACACUGAAGCAUUUUUGCACCUGUACUUCUACUAUCUACCUCUCUUCCAAGAUGCGAAAAGAACAUGGGACAGUAACAUUCUUUGAAGAGCUGCUUCCAGAACAUUUUAAUUCUGAGAUUGUUUACAGAAAUGAAGAACAGAAUAUCAACAUAUAUAAGGCAACUUUUAAGGGAUAACAUAUAGAAUA